AUGUCUGAGAAGGAUACAGCUCCCGCAUACUCUCCCAACACGGAAGCCGGGGAGAUUGCGACAGCUUCACCACCAUCAAGAGGGUUUAUUGGAGAUCUUAUUGAUGGGUUCAAGCCCCAUCCUGUCCACACGUCCAGGAAGAAGGCGGCGGCUGCUGAUGCCGGUCACUUUGAUAUUGAGCAGGCCGCAUUGAAUGUUGCCGAGUCCCCUCUUUCGAGGAAGCUGAAGGGAAGGCAUUUGCAGAUGAUUGCUAUUGGUGGCUCCAUUGGCACUGGUCUUUUUGUCGGAUCCGGUAGCGCUCUGAGCACUGGUGGUCCCGCAUCACUACUUAUCGCUUUCGCCCUCAUUGGAGCCAUGUUGUUCUGUGUCGUUCACGCUCUUGGUGAAAUGGCCGUCUUGUUCCCGGUUGCUGGUUCUUUCUCUGCCUACUCUACUAGAUUUCUAGAUCCAGCUUGGGGUUUCGCCAUGGGAUGGAAUUACGCGAUGCAAUGGCUUAUCGUUUUACCGCUCGAAAUUGUCGCUGCUACGAUCACUAUCGAAUACUGGAAUUCACCCGUCAAUAAGGCUGUUUGGGUCACUAUUUUCUGGAUCUUGAUUGUCGCCAUCAAUAUGUUCGGGGUCAAGGGUUAUGGUGAAGCAGAAUUCGUUUUCUCGCUCAUCAAGAUUAUCGCCGUCAUCGGUUUCAUCAUCCUCGGCAUUGUGAUUAACUGUGGAGGUGCUCCUAAGGGUGGAUACAUCGGGGGCGCGUACUGGAAAGAUCCCGGAGCCUUCAACCACGGGUUCAAGGGCCUCUGCAGUGUAUUUGUUACGGCGGCCUUCGCUUUUGCUGGAACCGAAUUGGUCGGUCUUGCCGCUGCCGAAACUGCCAAUCCCCGCAAGUCUCUCCCCACCGCCGUCAAGCAGGUUUUCUGGCGUAUCACCCUCUUCUACAUCGUCUCCCUUACCCUCAUUGGAUUGCUCGUUAAGCACACCGAUACCCGCCUCCUCAGUGGAAGCUCGAGCGCUGAUGCAAAGGCCUCUCCUUUCGUCAUUGCCAUUAACGAUGCAGGAAUUAAAGUCCUCCCCUCAAUCAUGAACGUUGUCAUCAUGAUUGCCGUCCUUUCCGUCGGUAACUCUUCUGUCUACGGUUCCUCGCGUACUCUUGCUGCUUUGGCCGAACAAGGUCAAGCCCCCCGUAUCUUCGCCUUCAUUGAUCGCCGCGGUCGUCCCAUGGUCGGUAUUGCGCUUUCCGCAGCGCUCGGCCUCCUUGGUUACCUCGCCGCCUCGGAUAAACAGGGCGAGGCAUUCACAUGGAUGCUGGCCAUUUCCGGAUUGUCCUCCAUCUUCACCUGGGGAUCCAUCUGUCUCGCACAUAUUCGUUUCCGUCAAGGAUGGAAGAAGCAGGGUCACACACUUGACGAGCUGGCAUACACCUCACAACCCGGAUACAUUGGAUCGUGGCUCGGAUUCCUCCUCAACUGUCUCGUCCUUGUCGCUCAAUUCUGGGUUGCCGUUUGGCCCAUUGGUAAAGAGCCCAGCGCUCGUGGCUUUUUUUCUGUUUACCUUGCUGUUCCUAUCGUCCUUUCCUUCUACGUCCCCUACAAGUUUUACUUUAAGACUCCAUUCAUCCACUCAAUGAGCAUGGACCUUGUCUCUGGACGUAGAGAACUCGACCUCGAACGGAUCCUUGCAGAGGAACGCGCGGAGAGAGCCUCCUGGCCCGCGUGGAAGAGAUAUUACAAACUCUUUUGUUAAAAUAGACUAGCGUUUGCUUUUAUGUUUGCGCUUGCUUUUUUGCUUUUCCCCCCCUUCAUAGUUAAUUCCUAUUUUCUUUUUCUUUUUAUCACCCUUCAUACCUGUUUGCCGGUUGGAAGGUUUUUUUUUUUCCCUUUCUCCAGAUGUUCCUAUGCUGUGCUAUGUUGGAUAACCAUAUCCGGGUUUUGCCUUCUCAUCUUAGAAUUGAAUGAUGGGAAAAUGAGAAGGGACGAUGUAACGAGAGAAUGAGCGGAAAAAGGUGAUCCACCAAGUCAACUCCUAUGACUGCGUGUGUUUUGUGGAUAAGUUAAGAUGGGAGUGGAGUGAAACGACUAGUCUAUCUAAUCAAUGUACGAUAUUU